GAGCGGCGCCAUGGUGAAACCGCUGAGGGAUCGGGAUCGGGAUCGGGAUCGGGAUCGGGAUCCGGAUCCCGGUACCGCCGAGGGUCCCGGCCCCACGAUGAGCCCCCCGCUCUCCCCGCAGCCCGCUGUGGCGCCAGCCGACGGCUUCGCCUCCUCAGACGAUGAGGCCGGCGAGGAGGACCCGAGCCCGCUCCACAUCUCCUGGUUGUCUUUGUCUCCUCUCUACUCUUCAGAGUUCCUGGGAUUAUGUUCCCUUCCAGGUUGCAGGUUUAAGGAUAUCAGAAGAAAUCUUCAGAAAGAUAUAGGAGAACUAAAGAGCUAUGGGAUCCAGGAUGUUUUUGUGCUUUGUACCAGAGGAGAGCUCUCAAAAUACCGAGUACCAAACCUGAUUGACACCUACCAGCAGCACGGGAUGUGCGUGCACCACCACCCCAUUCCUGAUGGCAAUGCUCCUGACAUUGCCACCUGCUGCAAGAUCCUGGAAGAGCUCAGAACCUGCCUGGAAAAUAAGCAGAAAACAAUGAUACACUGUUAUGGUGGCCUUGGACGCUCCUGUCUUGUGGCUGCCUGUCUCCUGCUCCAGCUUUCAGACACCCUGGCACCUCAGCAGGUGAUAGAGAGCCUCAGGAACCUGAGAGGAUCAGGGGCCAUACAGACCAUCAAGCAGUACAAUUUCCUCCAUGACUUCCGGGAGAAGCUGGCUGCACACCUGGCCACAAAGGACCCGGUGCUGAGAUCGGCGUCACGGUAGCUGAUCCUGCCACAGUGUCUGUGUGGAAAACUCCUGGACAAGACACUUCUCUCCUGACCUUUCCUCAGUGCUACUGCCUGUGUGACACAGCUGCUGCCUUCCAAAUCUGUGUGUAAAGUAUUGGGAUGGGGAAGAAAUCCUAGAGAACAUGUGGCAUCUUCCCCCUCUUUGGUGAUUUUAAUACUCACUGCCUGAAAAAUGUGUACAAGUCUGUUUGUGUCCAUUGCUGUUCUGCUGGGAGAAUGGAGCUGGGUAGAAAUUCCAUCUCUGGAGCUGUUUAAAACACCCUCACAGCAUCAGCUCUGCUAUAAAGCAAAAUCAGGCUGGAGUUCUCACCCCUUCUGAGCUCGUAACAACUCGUUCCAAAAUGUCACAGUUCUGCUCAAUGUGUUGAGGGCUAUUUGGGAAGGAGUCUCCUCAUUCCAAAAGCAGGAGGUGUUGCACCACAAAUCUGUGACAAAUCCAGCAGGGGGGUUGUAGGUGACUGUGGCAGGAAGACACUGCUGCAGCAGCGUGGGUGAGCUGGCACAGCCCUUCUGCCUGCCGCCAGCACUGAGAGUAAACAAACAAUCAGCUGGGGGCUGGCAGGAUCUCACAGGAACAGUCCUCUAGCAGUCCCCAGCCCUCCUGUUCCACUAUAUCCAUUCAUAAAAGCAAGAUGAAACAGCUCCUGGCUUUUGAUAAAGUUCAGGAUUUUGCUAAAGUUCAGGAUCAUCUCAAGUCAAGACUCCACACAGCACCAGGGGGCUGGAGUUGAACAAGUCCCUGCUUUGUGAACUUCAGAAUUUAUCUUUUAACACUUGAACUUUGAGCACAAAGGUGAUUUACUGUGUUUACUGCCAUUCCCUUCCCUACUCUUACAGCAAACAGGAACUUUUCCAGUUUCCACAGCAUAGAAUAGUUUACAGCAACUAUCCUGCCCCAAAUGUGCUUCAGUACUUAAUCCUUGCAACUAAUGGUUUUCAGAUAUUAAAUAUUUAUCAAAUGACUCAGCAGGAAGCUUGCUGAGGGCGAGAGAAGUGUUCUUUAUCUUCUCCAUAAUCUUUUGCCUCCUAGAACUCCAAAACAAAUGAGCAGGUCCACGUUUUGAAUGCCAAAGGCCUGGUACUCCAGCAAGGCAUCACACAAGGGCUACUCCAACACUCCUGGGACAGGAGGCUGAUGUUGCUGCACAUGGAUGAUUUUAUCCACACCCCUGGGCAGCUGGGAAUAUUCAUGUGCACCCCACACAUCCAGUUAAAGCUGCUCAGCAGCAGGACAGUGCAAACACUUGGGUAAAUAUUGCUGGGCCCUCGCAGCUGGAGGGGCUGCAGGAGCAGCUGUCACUUGGGCUCAGUCAGGCCUGCAUUGUUUAUUGCAGUGUGGCAUUUGGCUCAAACCAGCCCAAAUGCCAAGGGAACAAGAGAUUUGUUUAGAAGGUUGAGGAGAGCCAGGGGCUACAAGCAGCCAGUCUUGUUCCCAUAAUGGAUUAAUAAAUAUACAAACAUAAGAAAGGUUUAAUGAGCUUUGCUUCC